CUAUCAGAGGACAACUAAGUAAUCGUAGUGUGCGAAAAUCACUAAGUGUCGAAUCAAAUUAAAGUCCCAAGGAUCAAUUCACGCGUAGCUAUACAACGUAUAUCCUUGGCAGUCUAGAAUUGCAGCAACAGGCGGUAUCACGUAGAGUGCGACAAGUGAAUCCUUGAGGAAGCAAGGAGACUUCUAGUCUUGUUGAGCAACAGGUGUGCCUGCGGAAAAUCUCUGUCGGGCAGGCUGAGAUCCUGUACUUGAUACUAGCAAGGUACUUUGAUGUUCUGCAGGACAGUCCUGAGAAUCCAAGGCUAAUUAAACAGACAGUGUAUUGUAAACAAAGUGUUUUUAUGAAGAAAACCAACCAAUUCAAAAACAAAAGAUUCGUAACAACUGAUCCCUGGGUAAUAUUUAGCAGUUAAUAAGUUGAAACAUAUGUGGUAACUGUGCACAGAACACCUUUCAAUUCAUUACCAAGUUUAUGGGACAGUCUAUGGCGAAAGUUUGUGCCCAGCCAAAUUAACGAACUAAAAGAAACUUUCCAAGCUAAAUAAUUGACGCCACGAAACCAUUGCGACAACUUGCAGUGCAUAAUUAAGGUUUUAACAGGAAAAAGUCAGAGAAGUGACAUGAUUUACAAGCUGUUUCCUCGACUGGGAUUGUGGCCCCUAAAGGAGGUAGUGAAAUCUCGCGAUGCAUUUGUCUAUUUGGAUCGCGGCAUGACGAUUUGUGGUUGGAUGCCACCGGAGGGUAAAUACCAACGCUGGAUCUAUGGCGUGUGGACGGUGAUUUUCAAUACGUUUGCGAUUGUCUUGCUGGAUGUAUCACUGCUGGUUAGCUAUUUCAAGGAAUUUCACACCUUCACCGCUGGCCAGUUUCUCACCUCGCUGCAGGUGGGCUUCGACUGCUUCGGCUCCAGCAUCAAGUCGGGUUACACCUUUGCUGGUGUCAAGCGUUUCAAGCAGGCCAAAAAGAUUCUGGAUCGUUUGGACGACCGUUGCACCAGUGACGAGCAGCGCAGUCAACUGCAACAAACUGUGGCAUCUUGCAAUCAAUGUUAUAUGGCAUACCAAAUUCUAUACUCCUCGUAUACGGCAUCCACAUUUCUGGCUGGCACUUGUACUGGUCGCCUGCCCUGGAAGUUGUAUAAUCCUUUAAUUGAUUGGGAGGCGAGUUACGUACACUUUUGGCUAGCUGCUAUUUUCGAAUACGUGUGGAUGACAGGUGUUGUCCUUCAAAACCAAAUGUCUGAUGUUUAUCCCAUCGUACACUUCUUGAUGAUACGCACUCAUAUCAAUUUACUCAAGGAGAGAUUGGAACGGCUGCGCUCAGAUCCAACGGUGAGCGAACAGAAUAACUAUGUGGAGCUUACCAAGUGCAUUGAGGAUCAUCAGCUGAUACUCGAUUACUGCAACACUCUCAGACCUGUGGUCUCUGGCACAAUUUUCGUACAAUUUCUGCUUUGUGGCGUCGUCAUUGGUCUAGCCAUGAUCAAUAUAGUGUACUUUUCGAAUUUUUGGACUGGCCUGGGCACAGCGAUAUUCUUGUUCGAUCUUCUACUACAGACAUUCCCCUUCUGCUACAUAUGCAAUAUGAUCGGCGAUGAUUGUGGCGAACUCGCCAAUAAUCUCUUUCACUCCAAUUGGCAGGGUGCCCCUCGAUAUUAUACAGCCACAUUGCGUUACUUUUUGCAUAAUUUGCAGGAACCCAUUGUUCUCACUGCGGGUGGCAUAUUCAUCAUUUCCAUGGCCACAAAUAUCACCGUCGCAAAAUUGGCAUUUUCUGUGGUCACAUUUGUUGAGCAAUUGAAUAUUGCCGAAAAGUUUCAGACCAAAUGAAUCACAGUUGGACAUUAUGAUAUCAGUCCUUAAUGGCGAUACAAU